AUGUUCAGGUAUUUACACCCACAUAAUGAGGAGUUUCCAUUCUUUGUCCCUCACAGGGCUGGCAUGCAGAGUGUAAAGAAGCUGGUGGAUCGUGCCAAUGACAAGGUGACACGUGGCAGCAGCAGCGGCAGCAACAACAGCAGAGGCAGUAGCAGUGUUGGUGGUUCUGCUGCUGGUGGUAACAAGUGGCCUGUGGUGUUCUUUCUCUCUGCUCCCACAAAGCAAAGCGGUUGUGCUGCUUCUUUUGAGCCUCGCACCGAGGGAGAGGCUUUCCUUUACCGACAGCGUAACCCACAGACGUCCAAGUGGCUGCCUCUCCAACGCAAAAUCUUUGCAGAGUCUCACAUACGCCUUAUAGACGUGACCUCCGCGUCAGUAUACCGUCCAGACGCGUUUGUCGGAUCAGAGCACAUGUUUGGGCGUGAGUUGGACCUGCUUCUCGUGUGUGCGCAAGGCCGUAUAGAUACAGAGAAUGACUCCCUCUCUACUGCUCCCAUGCUCCCCCCUCCUCCCCCUCCUGGAUCUGCUUCACGUGUGAUCUACUUCUCGUGUGUGUGCAAGGCCGUCACGGGAUGCACGGCGCGGAAGGUGGAGGACCGCAUGCCCGGCCCGCCUCGCGGCAAGCACACCGCGCCACCCACCGCCGCCACUGCUGUGGUAAAUGCCGCUGAUGUUGCUGGUUAUGUACCGGCCUUUGCUUUGGACGAUGAAGAAUGCUCAACUCGCCCCAAGCGUGUGGAGAUGUGUAAGAAGGAAGUUUUUCAUUCAUCUGCCCGCGUGGGGAUGGAAGAUAUCCCUUCAUCUGCCCGCAUGGAGAUGCGUACAGUGGUGCGGCUGACGACCUCGGGGUUCCACAACCACCCUUCCUCUCUGUGUCUCAAGCGCCGCCGCCGCAGAGACUCCACGGAAGGAAGCACCGCAGCUGCUGCUUCAAAAGAGGAGAAGAGCAACAAUGAACCCCUCUCUGGCCUCUGGAAGCCUCACGCCGACCCAGCGAGUCAUGCACCGACUUCGAAACGCCACCUAGAAAAUCCUUCCAAGGCAUCACGGACUGGACAGUUCAAGCCAAUCCCUCCAUGGAUUUCCGACGUGCCAUCCCACAGGUCCGGAAAAAUUAUGGGCGCUUCUAGUGAAGCAGCCACUGGCCUUAUCCCGUCCUAUGGCAUCGGCUCUCUUGUUCAAGUUGAACCCAAGGAGGCUCUCACUUCCCCUGCGCCUGCAGUCCUCUCGCAGAGGAGUUGUGUCUCAACGCCGCGGCAGAGGGCGUUCAGAAGCGUGUGUGAGCAGAUCAUGGCGCUUAGCAAAGAGCCAGCUGAGAUGAGAUACGAGCCUCCAAAGCGGCAGCGGGCAACCCGUGUGGAAUCUGAGCCGGAUGGUCAAGGGGAGAGCCCCCGCACCAGCUGCUGCCACGUGGGGCCCUUACCUGCUGUUGGCCGUGCUGCAUCUGCUCCUCAGUUCCAAACAGCAACCCGCGCCACUCAAGGAGUCCAACAGAGCAACCCCGGACCGCCACAGUGCUUUCCGAACCAGUUCCUGAGCCCGGCAGGUCCGGCGGGCCCAACUGGCCGGCUAGGGCCGCCAGAGAAAGGGGCCCCGCAGCAUGACGGCGUGGACGACUGGAGCAGUGCCUGCGUGCAUACGUCGCGAGGUGUUGGCGUCUGCAUGAGCAGCAGCAGCAGCUUCGGUGGUGUUCCAGGCAUGGGAGGCCAGGCUCUCGCUGCAGUUGCCGGUGCUGCUGGUGGUGAUGGUGGUGCUGGUGGUGCUGGUGAUACUGCAGCUUCAGUACCUGCAGCCGCGGUCAAUGCUUCAGCCUCGGUGGUGACAGCAAUCGUAGAUUCCCACAGUCCUGCUCCUGCUUCUGCUGCUGCUGCUGCUGCUGCUGCUGCUGCUGCUGCUGCUGCUGCUGCUGCUGCUGCGGCUGCGGCUGCUAUGCCCAACUCAGCAGAGGUGCUGCAUGCGCUAGAUUAUGCAACGCGUACUCACAGCACUGGCUAA